AUCACCACAUCGGUUGGGCGUUAUUUGGCUUUCAGCCUUGGAUAUGGGAUCGGGGAUGAGGUGUUUAUGGGAGUAUAAAGAUGGAGUAGGUUCCCUGGUUUUGUAUGAAGGAUUACAUGACAUCAGACAAGAUCGUAUUCUCAAUUACCUAUCUACUGAAAUACACCUUUUCGAAGUACUGCUAUCAUCUACACUUAUCAGAUUUGUGUCACAUCGUCAAGAUGGUUGGUUUUGGAUCAGCAAAGGAUCAGAAGAAGAACCAUGAGGAGGUCGCUGAUAUUCCCGCGCACUUGUCCGAUUUGCACUGCUUCACCGAAACAGACAACUGUAUAACUACAACAAUGAUGGACCUCCCCGGCUAUCGCAUCACCAAAGUUCUCGGCGCAGUCUACGGCAUUACAGUACGCUCACGAAACAUCGCCGCAGGAAUCGGCAUGGUUAUAAAGAGCAUGGCAGGCGGCGAACUAACCUGGUUUACCUCGAUGCUGUACUCUUGUCGCAACGAUUCUAUCAGCAGGGUUGUUCAAGAGACGAAGCGAAGAGGGGGUAAUGCUAUUAUUUGCUUGCGCUUCGAGACUGGAGAUUUGGGAGGUUUUGCACAGGCGAGUGCGUAUGGGACUGCUUGUGUGGUUGAGAAGAUUGAGGGUUCCAACGUUGAGGCGCCUCAGUUGACGCAUUAGAGUUUGGUGUGUAAGUUGUGAGCCUGGCAGGAUACCCUUUAUGAUAUGCUUUAGCAGUAUUGCUAUUCUUCUAUUUCAAUAAUGUCACUUCUAUUAAUUUGAAUCUUCCUUCCACCUCUUAUUACUUAACGGAUGCUUGUCCAUUUGUCAUAGUCCAAUCCGAAUACCCCGGAUUCAUCAAACCCCGGGCCGCAUGACGAGUGGGGCGCAUCCGGGGUUCGGAGGCCGGGGGAUGAUGAUGCGCCGGACUGAGUAUCGUAUCGAAGCAGUUGAAGCAUGAUACAGAGUUACAUCUAAUAUCAU